GUGAGAACGCUUGUGAGAGACAAGUGGGUUGCCUCCUACCUUGCCGAGCAUGGACGUGGGGGUCAGGAUGCACGUGCUGCGGCCAAACGAGAGUUCACCUCAGCCGCCAACAAGCGUCAGAUGCUGAGUUCCAUGCUGGAGUCUGGGCAGGUACCACCCCGGCUUCAUGCAGCAGCCACCCGUCUAAUCAUGGCUUGGACAUCUGAGACGCCCCUCCGCGGCCCACAUGAGGUGGAGGAGGAUGUCAUGAGUUCGUACCGUGGCAGUGGGACUAUGUUUCGGUAUUCAGGGUCGUGGAGCCGUGUGGACGAUGCCGCAAUGUCGGCGGUGCUGGUUGCGAAGGGUCACAAUGGCAUUUCUGAGGUAUGCAGUCGCCUCAAGUGUCACCCCUAUGUGCAAGGAUUGUGGGACGAGUGCUCGGCCUUCAGGCAGCAGCUGGUGUCAAGCACACCUAUCACGCGCUGGACUGCAGCCAUGGAGCUACAUGUGGAAGCUUCGCUUGCGGCCAACCCUCCCAUUCCAUCGGUACACAUACAUUUUAUGUUUGAUGCCAUUGGCAAGACCAUCUCAUUUCGAAAUGAGCCUGGAUUGAAGUUUCGCAACUCGCAGCCGUACAGGUCGCUUGCAGCACCAGUCGCCCGCGGACGGGCUUGCAAACGAGCCUAUGAUCAGGGGCACUUUUACUUGACUCCGCUCAAGACAGGUGCCAUACUCCAUGCCACAAAUGCACCACCGUUCAAGUCCUAUGCAGUGUCUCCAGAAUGGAUCACAAGCAUGUGGCAAGGGGAUAAAUUGUCUCCGGAAUCGGCCAAGGAACUCUAUCUCAAGUGCAAAAAGCACGUCAAACAGUAUUGUGACAAUGUCACAUCACAGGUCCAGAUGACCCAGCAGAGCAACUUGCAGGAACGCCAGGCUGCAGCACAGGCAGCCUUGCUCCGCAUGCAUCGUCCUCGGGUGUAUCUGGAACCAGUGGAACAAGAGUUCUUGCCUCAAUUCCAGGUGGAUGCUUUCAGACGACGCUUCUUGGUGCUGGACGGACCCACGAAGCUCGGCAAGACGACCUCCAGCCUUGCAGGACCCGAACACACUCUGGAGUUGAAUUGUGCAUCGUCCAUGGAACCCAAUUUGCGGGACUUCAACAAUGAUGUUCAUCGCGCGAUCGUGUUUGAUGAGGCAUCUUGUGCCAUGGUUCUCCGGCACAAGAAGCUUUUCCAGGGUGGUGUGCAACCACUGGAACUGGCCAGCUCCAACACGAAUUGCUGGAAGGCUGGAGGGCUGAGGGGUGGAAGGCUGGAACUGGAGCGCUGGAAGGUGGAGGCUGGCUAUGCGAUUGAUUGCUUGUGCUGCAUCAUGCAGUUUUCCACAGACACUAGUUGCAUGUCUUCGAAGAAAGAUUUCUUCGUUGUCACGGACGAGAAGAUGGAAGAGGCAGACGCAGAAGACAAGAAACGCUAUGUAGAAGAGCUGUACCUCAAAACAAGCUUGGAAGACAUAGCAUCGCUGCAGGAUCCUUCUGGUUCGCGGCAGGGCAUUUACAAGACUGCACAGCGUUGGAUUGCCAGACGAAGAACCAGAAACUUCGUGUGCAAUAUGAAUGCGAUUGGCGUGGCUCCAAGUUCAGAGCAAGUUGCAGAAGAAUAUCGCAAACAAAGUGCGUCCUCUGUACCAACUACCGAUGCCCGUGGAUUACGAGCCUGGAGCAGUCGCUUCCGUCGCAGUUUUGCCUUCCGGCUGGGCAAGAUGAAAGCGGCCAAGCCAGUGGAAGAUGUUUGUGCAAAGGCCGUGCUCUUCUUGCGCCACGCUGCUUGGUUGGAACGCUCCAGCGCGAAGCAGCCAGUCUACAUCAAUAUAGAUGAAACGGCUUUAGCCUAUUCGUUCCAUGCUGUUGCAUGUCUUCGAAGAAAGAUUUCUUCGUUGUCACGGACGAGAAGAGCCGAGAAGCAGCGGGAAGCCAACAUGGGCUUGAAUCCCCGUCAAGUGUUUGUCUUAUUGGCGAUUUAUGUACUUACUGGUGACCCAGCGGUGGCUCUCGAGUAUAUCAGCGCGAAGGCUGCGCGUGAAAGGAUGGAAGAGGCAGACGCAGAAGACAAGAAACGAUAUGUAGAAGAGCUGUACCUCAAAACAAGCUUGGAAGACAUAGCAUCGCUGCAGGAUCCUUCUGGUUCGCGGCAGGGCAUUUACAAGACUGCACAGCGUUGGAUUGCCAGACGAAGAACCAAGCCAGUGGAAGAUGUUUGUGCAAAGGCCGUGCUCUUCUGGCGCCACGCUGCUUGGUUGGAACGCUCCAGCGCGAAGCAGCCAGUCUACAUCAAUAUAGAUGAAACGGCUUUAGCCUAUUCGUUCCAUGCUGCGCCUGGCCUGAUACAGCGGAAAUUCCACGCAGAGGUUCAAAUUAGACCUCAAGACGCACGUGGGUGCAUCACCCACGUCGCUCUCGAUUCCUCAUGGAAUUCAGCACGACAUAUGGUCUCCUUGCUAACUCUCUUGGGUCAGCUCUUUCGCAUCCGCGUCCCGCAAUAUCAGGCCAUUGUUGUCUUCGACGCGGCCUCGUGCCAUCUUUCUCCGGGCGUCAUAAGAGAAGGACGCCUCCAGGGGUUAUUCAUGCUGCCGGUGCCCCCAGGCAUGACGUCCUACCUGCAGCCUUUAGAUUUAUGGUGUUUUGGACCAUAUAAGAAAUGGUUGGAGCGCGAAAACCGCCAGCAGCGAAUUUGCCAAAAUGGGCUCGCCUUUGCACAGGCAGGCCUUCCCACAUCCGAGCAAAGGUUGCAUGGCAAGCUUGCCUCGCUGUUCCCGGAGGGAAUUCCCUGUCUGGAGCAAGCUUUGUCUCCAGAUGAAUUUGCACAGUUGUUGCCUAAAAGGCACGACUUGACCCGGACUUUUUCUGACUGGGUGGGCGGUCCCCGGCGAGAGGUGCCGGUGCUUUCCUAA